UGAAUAUUUCGAGUGUCGCAUUGGUGUUUCUUUCGAGUGUUGGCCGAUAGCGCCGCUGAUCUCGAAGAUUCGUCGACAAAGUAGGUGUGGAUACCGGUAGAGGCGUCACGCGUGGGACACUCGGUCAACAAUAUUAAAUAUUCCAGGGAAGGCAGUCAAAGACGUGGAGCCCAAGUGUUACUGAGGAGAGGAGAGACAUCACAAAAUCGAAACCAAAGAUAUCAGGACAGACGACCAAGAAUGGCUUCCAAUAGGUCCUCCAUGAAACAUCAUGUGGUCUGUUUGCCCAUCCCGACUCAAAGCCACAUCAGUGCGAUGCUCAAACUUGCGAAGCUCCUCCAUCAUAGAGGCCUCUGCAUCACCUUCGUCAACACGGAAUUCAACCACAGGCGCAUGCUCGACGCCGAAGGCCCGAUGUUUCUGAGCGAUCUCCCGUUCGGAUUACAGUUUGUGGCGAUACCUGACGGGCUGCCACCAUCACAGGCCAAUGCCACCCAAGAUAUUGUCUCCCUGUGUGAGUCCACCAGGUUCCUCAUGGGAGCUCCAUUCUGCACUCUCAUCGGAGAUCUGAACGAGAUGGCGGGUUCUGGUUCGGGCUUAAUCCCACCAGUCUCUUGCAUCAUGGCAGACGGUUUCAUGACAUUCUGCGCCUAUCCGGCCAGUGAGACGUUCGGGAUCCCCGUCGUGAACUUGUGGACUAUUGCGGCCUGUGCCCUGAUGGGGCUCAUGCAUUAUCCUAAGCUCAAGGAAAAAGGUUUAACGCCACCAAAGGACUAUUUAGAAACAACAAUUGAAUGGAUCCCUGGCAUGAAGAACAUGAAACUGCGUGACAUGCCAAGGUUCCCCGGAGCCACGGAUCCAGAUGAUGUCGUGUUCAAUUUCAUGGUGGACGCAGCUGCAAGGUAUAACAAGGCUGAUGCGACCAUCAUUCACACUUUUGAAGCACUUGAGCCGGAUGUUUUGAACGCUAUGUCGUCUAUGGCAUCCGGGCCUGUUUAUGCAGUCGGUCCAUUUCAUUUUCUUAUCGAUCGAAUUCUAGAAAAUGAGAAACAGAUGAGGCAUAUUGGAUGCAGCCUAUGGAAAGAAGAUGUGGAGUGUCUUAGGUGGCUCGACUCACAGAAACCCGAAUCGGUGCUAUACAUUAAUUUCGGAAGCGUAGCAUUUUUGACAUCUCAACAGCUAAUUGAGUUCGCCAUGGGGAUUGCCAACAGCAAACAUCCAUUCCUAUGGAUAAUUAGGGCCGACCUAGUGAACGGGGACUCGGCAAUAUUACCUCCGGAGUUUAAUGAAAAAACAAAGGGGAGAGCCUUCAUUGUUGCAUGGUGCCCACAAGAGAAAGUACUCAACCAUCCUUCAGUCAGAGGGUUCCUGACUCACUGUGGAUGGAACUCGGUGACCGAGAGCAUGUCUGCUGGAGUCCCGAUGUUGUGUUGGCCUUAUUUCAGCGACCAACAAACGAACUGCAAGUAUGCUUGCAAGGACUGGGAGGUAGGACUAGAGAUCGAGAGCGAUGUAAAGCGAGACGAAGUGGAGAGGCUCGUGAAGGAAUUAAUGGAAGGGGAGAAGGGAAAGCAUAUGAAGAAGAGAGCCAUGGAAUGGAAGCGACUAGCAUAUGAGGCAACAAGCCAACAUGGUUCAUCGUCCAUGAAUUUAGAGAAACUAGUACGUCAUAUUAUAUCCAAAUAGCUAGGUUAUCACAUAUUAUAUUAUCCACUUUGUAAUACGAGUGAAACCUAUUAGGUUCAUUAUUCCCACUUAAAAGAUUUAUAUUCGAAAUCAUAGGAUAUGCUCUAUGUUAUUGUCUUUCUAAUAUAUUAUAGUAUAUUGUAUGAGUUAAA